AUGGUUUCAGCAUAUUCAGUUGGGAAUGGUAAAAGAUCCAAUGAAGUUCAACAAGGACCUGACACUCCAGGCCCAGGACAAUACUCUGGAGACAAGAAACAAAAAUACACUCCUCCCAGUUUCAAGAUCCCACAAGCACAAAGAUAAACUUUCCAACCAAGUUUCACCCCAGGACCAGGAGCAUAUGCUUCCUCAGAAAACCUACUCAAAGGACCCAAGUUUACUUUUGCUAGCAAAAAACAAACAUCUGUUACAUCCUUUUAACCUGGACCAGGAGCCUAUAAUGUAAAACCAACCAAACAGGCUCCCUAAUACAGUUUUGGCGGUAAAUAUGGAAGCCAUCCGGAUGAUUCACAGCCUGGCCCAGGAGAAUACUAAUUGAGUAAAGAUUUGGAUGCGCCAUCCAUGAAGUUUCCUCGAUCCAAGAGAGACGACCCUCAUAGUGAAAAAGUUCCUGGACCUGGAGCCUACAAGCAGGAAAGACCUGAAUCGGCACCCAAGUAUCGCUUUGGCAAUUCUUAAAGAAGAGGAUUAUAUGACAAUGAGCUUGGAAAAGUACCAGGACCUGGAUAAUACAACUAUUAAUCAUAAUUUGAGUCUGUUUAACCUAAAGGCUUUACUUUGGUCUCCAGGAAGGAACAAAUGACCCAAUAACUUGUUGUCCCUGGACCAGGAGCUUAUGAUCCAUAACCAGUUAAAAGACCUCCUUCCUGUAAGAUUGGUAAGUCCAUGAGAGGAUUGCAAUUUGCUAAUCCAAAUCCAGGACCAGGAGAAUACGAGCCUCAAAUUGAUACUAUUCGUCCUUAAUCUGCCAUGGUCAGAGUGGGAUCAGCCACGAGAAGACCAUUAAAUGACGUCAAAGGAGUGCCAGGACCUGGAACUUAUGACUUACCUUCUAAGAUGGUUGAAGGCCCAUAAGUUAAAAUAUUGGGUCAUAAAUAUGAUCCUGUCUAAGCUCAAAAGGAUUAGAUACCAGGACCAGGUUAAUAUGAGCGUCCCAUUAUGUAAAGGCCGCAAUCAGCAAAAAUCGGUACAUCCAGAAGACAGGAACUUAAUUCCACUUUGGAAGUUCCAGGACCUGGACAAUACAAGCCUAAAGAAAAAUUAGGAGGACCUUGCUGGGGUUUUGGUACUAGUAAACGACCACCUUUGAAUCCAAAGAAUGAGACUCCAGGACCAGGUGGCUAUGAUUAAGGAAAUGAAUUUGGAUCCGUGCCAAAAUAUGCUAUGAAGAAGAUACCAUGA